CAUCAUCUGGCGACUCCGGCUUUUUAGUAUCGCCUGUGUUGGCAAGCGGUAUUUGUACGCAUGUUCGUUUUAGUAGUAUAGUUAACAGGAAUAGCUUGGAAUUUUUUUAAUUAUUGGGAAUUCAUAAAACAAAAAUUACAAAAUGAUCUGGAACGUUAUCCACAAACUACAUUUAAGCUGUUACUUGUUAUUAAUAAUCGAGUUGUUCAUCGUCGUGGGUGCUGAAUGGAAUACGAAUGACUACAUGAAACGAGAACAUUCGCUAAUUCGACCUUAUCAAGGUUCAGGAAUGACUAUACCAUAUUGGGAUUUUAUGGGGAGCACAUUAGUUACCAAUAAUUACAUAAGAUUAACACCAGAUCUUCAAAGUCAACAAGGUGCAAUUUGGAAUACAGUGCCAUGUAAUGCCAGAAAUUGGGAAUUGCAAGUUCACUUCAAAGUUUAUGGUAGAGGCAGGGAUUUAUUUGGAGAUGGGCUUGCAAUUUGGUAUGCUAAGGAUAGAAUGCUACCAGGUCCAGUCUUUGGAAGUAAAGAUUUAUUCAACGGUUUAGCAGUUAUACUGGAUACAUACAGUAAUCAUAAUGGGCCACAUAAUCAUCAACACCCAUACAUCUCUGCAAUGGUGAAUAAUGGUUCUCUUCACUAUGACCAUGAUCGAGAUGGUACUCAUACUCAACUUGCUGGCUGUGAAGCAAAAUUUAGAAAUUUAGAACAUGACACACACAUUGCAAUACGCUAUGAAAGAGACACAUUGACAGUUUCAACUGAUAUUGCAAACAAGGGAGCCUGGAAAGAAUGUUUCUCAGUAAAAGAAAUAAAACUGCCUACUGGAUAUUUUUUUGGUAUCACAGCCACCACUGGAGACUUGUCAGAUAAUCAUGAAAUCCUAUCUGUUCGUCUAUUUGAAUUGGAUUUGCCUAAUGAUCCAAAAGACCAAGAAGACAGAUCAAAAAUAAUACCAUCUGCAACUUAUUUCGAGUCUCCAAGAGAUCAUGUUGAGGAUCCAAAACCAUCCUCAUUAAGUGGAGUAAAAAUUUUCUUCUUAAUGCUUCUUGGCGCUUUAGCACUCAUUGCUUGUGUAGUUAUUGGAAUCAUGUUUUAUCAAAAACACCAAGAAAAUAGUAGAAAACGAUUUUACUAAAAUUAAUGCCUCAUUAACAUUUGACUUGUUAAGAAAUACUAGGUCUGUAUAAAAGUCAAUGAAUAGUUAUAUUAUACAUUGGUUUGAGUAAUGUGACUAAUUUAAUUGUGAACAGUUUAAAAUGCAGGAAUGUGUGUACCAGUGUAUGUAAAAAAAAAUUCGUAGGUAGUGUUACAAACUUUAUUUAUAAGUAUACUAUCCAAUCACUUUUUAAUUUAUAUCAAAUACACACCAUAUGUCUUUAUUAUUGAUAACGUAAUAUUUACGUUUUUGAUAAUAUUUUUAUUUGAGUAUUCGAUUUAAUCAAAAGUCUUUUAUAAGUUUGGUUUUAUAAUCAAUUUCAUUGUUAAACGUAAAUCAGUUUUAAAUAAACAAUACUCAAAUGAAAAUGUCUAGCAGAAGAAAAUUUAAUUAAUGAUUUUUUUAAUGUGACAUCUGAAUAAAUAAUUUCUUAAAUAUACACUAGCACUUACAAUACAAUAGCAUAUUUGUAUAUAUAAAUGAACAGAAAACAUUGUCUGUAUUAUAUAAUUUUAAGAUUUCUUCCUAGUGUGAAAUUGCUGUUUUUAUACAGAGAGCCUGAAACAUUUAUGAAAAUUGUGCAUGUAACAAAUUAGCAAUGUUUUUAAAUAAGAAUGUAAACCUGGUUGUCGUUUUUCAGACUGUUGCCAAAUAUAUUACAUAUAAACAAAUU